AGGGCUGCUCCGGAGGCGGUGCUCGGAACGCUACCAGGAGGGCGACGCGGCGGUCGCAGCAAUGGGUGCUGGGCCUUCGGGGGUGCGCAUGGGGCUCGGGGAACGGCCGGGAGCGGCUGAAGAGACCGUCGCCGGGACUGGCCCUUGACGCUGAACUGCGGUGGGGUCCCCGCAGGCGCUGCGAGGGCCCUUGAGCGGGAGCGGGGAGCAUCGGAGGAACCGGGCCGCUGCCGGCCACUUCAGGGGUCCGCCUGACCGUUGGGUGGAUCGACAGUGCCGUGUGGGCACCUCUGGGGGUGGGGUGACCCUCCUGGCACGUUUCGGGGGCCGGGGCGCCUCCGCAGGGGCCGACGCACAUCCCAGGGGGGGCACCGCCGGGGCCCAGCGCUGCCUCGGCCAGCCCCCGGGCGCCCCUGGAUGGCUGAGCUGCCCUCUCGCCGGCCGCCCGGGCGCCGCAGCGGCUGAGCUCGCUGGAAUCGCCGGGCCGCCGCCGCCCUCGCCGCCCCCUGCAUGCCCGGCGCCCGGGUCGCGGCCCACCUGGACGCGCUGGGCCCCUUGGUCCCUUCCGUGCCGCCGCCCCUGCUGCCCUCUAUGUUCUACGUGGGCCUGUUCUUCGUCAAUGUGCUGAUCCUAUACUACGCCUUCCUCAUGGAGUACAUCGUCCUUAACGUGGGCCUCGUAUUCCUGCCCGAGGACAUGGACCAGGCGCUCGUGGACCUCGGCGUGCUCUCCGACCCCGGCUCGGGCCUCUACGAUGCCGACUCGGAGCUCGACGUCUUCGAUGGUUACUUGGAGUAGGCCUGGCUGCUGUCCCCCGCUCUCCCCACGACCCGCAACCCUCGGCCCGGACCGGAGCACGAACCAUGCCGCCGCUGCUGUUUGAGGGCACCGUCUGGCCAGGGAUGGGACUCCCAGGACGAGGCCCUCUUCGGCCUCCGAGGCCUGCCUGCUCCCCUCGAAAGCCCUGUGCCAACAGAGAGGUGCCCGUCCAGACCCAGGAUGGUGGGACAGAGAGAUUGAGACUGGGUGCCGAGGUCCGGAAGGCACGCGCCACUGCCCAAAGGGUAAGGCAGGGGCGCCCGGAGACCUUGCCCGCCUGCAGCGUCGCGCAAACGGCCUUGCCUUGGCUUCCGAGCUUUCGCCGUUGCAAUGGAUGUUUACAGGAACCCAGCCAGAGUCUGCCUCCCUGCUCUUCACCCCUGGCUGCAUCUGCUUCUCCCACUUAAUCUUCGGAGCGGACACUUCACACACAAAAGCGACUCCCAACUCUGUUUGGUGCCAGUGGAGCUCUAAGCCCAACGGGGUUUGGCCCGAGGCCGGGCUUAGAUGCAGCCAUUGUUUCAGAGAGUGACUCAGAGGAAAAGAAGAACACCUGGGGGACCGAGGGUGGGGUUUUGACUCAUUCAUUUCAAAUUGUUUGCUCUCCAUCAAGUUGCCAGAACUGAUACGUUGCACCGGGGACAGUGCUCCUCCAGCCAGAAAUAUUUUUCGAAAAAGUGAGUGGUAUGAAUACUUGACUUCGAUAAACCUGUAAAAGCAAUACUUAGGAGGCUAACUUCUUUCAAUUAAAAAAAUGUAUGCAACUCCAACCCCUGGGGCCCUGCGGGGGUGGGGGGUGUUUGUUUUGUUCUUUUCCUUUGAGAUUCCGGAAAGGAGUCCUUAUGGAGAACCUCAUGGUUGAGAAAGGGCAGAAGGGUCAGGGCCUCCCCAGUUGGAGAUCCAGUGGGGUUUGGAGAGUCUGUCCAAGCUGCGUUGGUGUCGGAGUCCCAACCCGGCCCCCUCCCGGCUUCCACGAGCCUGACAAGCAAGGGCCCACCUUGGUUGUGGAGGGAAAGUCGUGGUGGCCAAGCUGAAAAUCAGGCCUGAAUCCCAGAGCAGUCAGAGGUGGGGAUCCCCUGUGCUGGGCACAUGGUAGAUCCCCCCUAAAGAUGAGGGGAGUGGGCGGGUGAGGGAAGGAGCAAACGAACGACUGAAGUUGGGUCCACGUGCAGUAAUUCUCCCCGUUUGCAGAACAGCUGAUGCUUUUCAAAGUACCUUCACGUAUAUACUGUGUUGAACAAGGAAUGGGUGGUCAGCUCCAUUCUACAGGUGAGGAGACCAAAGUGUGGGAGAGGAAAGGUCCAGCAGAACUCAAGAGAAGGCAGUUACAUACCACCUGUCUUCAUGUGAUUCUAAGAAGGGUUGCUAAGGAAUGUGAACUGGAAGACAUUCAAGACAAAGGGGAGCAGGAGAAGGGAGACAUUUCUUUGGGAGAGAGGCCUGAGGGGAAAGGCAAGGGCUUAAAAGGGGCAUGGUCUUGAAGUCCACUGAACGUGGAAUCAUGCCGUCAAUGGACAGUGUGUCUCCAGACGUCAGCUGCCUUGAUUCCUCUGGGCCUCCCUUCUCCCACCCAGCAAAUGGGGAGCAAUUCCAGCAUUUGUCUGCAAUUCCGGUGCCUAUGCCUGCAGAGUGACCCUCCAGAGAAGUCAGAAGUGGAGUUUGUAUCUUGACUCCCUCUUUUACAGGAGUGUGACCUUAGGCAAGUCACAUCUGUGAAGUGGGGACAGUCAUUUACCCACCUCAUACGAUGGGUUUGUGUUAAUGACAAAGGUGCCCCUCUGGGCAGACACUGCUCCACACCAGGACUCACAGCUUGGCAAGCAGAGCCCAGACUGGAUUGCAGACCCCAUUUGCUCCCAUGUCCAGGCGCCUUGUGCACUGCACAGACUGCCCAACCACACCCGACAGCCCUGCCCAGGGAGUUUUUUAAACUUACUAGAAUGCAAGCUUUAACAGAGCAGGGACCUUGAGCAUUUUAUUGAGUACACCACGGUGUCACUAUAUAUUUGUGGCAUGAAUACAGCAAAUAAAGAAAGCAAAGUUUUGGUGAGAAUUAUUCGUUCAUUCCACAAACAUUUAUUGAGCCCUUACUAUGUGCAGGCCCCUUGCUGGGUGCAGAGGGUGCCUCUGCACAGCAGUGAACAAACAGGUUACCUGCGCUCUUGGAGCUCACAUCCUAGGACUAGAGCAGACAACACAACAAAUAAGUGUGAAAAAGAUAAACUAGUGACGGGAUAGGCUGGGGGAGGGGUGUCUGCAUUUACUACCGCCCUGAGGAGCUGUCCUUUAAACUGAGUCCUGCAGGCCCUGUGAAGAGCUGGGAAAACAUUCCAGGCAGAGGUGAGAAUGAAACACACGGAUGUGUGUAAUAAUGACAGCCCACACGUAGGGAACUGGAUGCCAGGCUCUUGCUCUCAGCAUAUUUGCUCAUUGAAUCUCCGCGUAACCCCAUGAAGAAGGUACUGUGAUUAUGCCCAUUUUACACGUGAGGAGACGGAGGCACAGAGAAGUAAUUUACACAAGUGAGUGGUGAGCUGGACACUGAGCCCAAGCAGUUUAGCUCUAGAGUCUGAGAUGCCUGACCCUACGCCGUGGUCCCUCUUGGUAGGGGGGAGGGGCCCAGCACUUUGGCACAAAGUAAUAAUACGUGCUAACAUUUAUUGAGCACUUACUGUGUCCCUUGUGCUGUGAUAAGCACUUUACAUGUAUCAACUCAUUUAAUAAGUGGUAGCUAUCAUUUAAAGUCAUUACUAUGAAUAAUUACAGCCUCUGACCUCAUUGUAUCACCUCUGAACAGACCAAAAGAAGUGGGGACAGUUGUGCCCACCCCGCCUGGCUGAAGGGUGCCGCAGAUGCCUGGAUCAGGAGGAGACUGUCUUCCUGUGGCUGCACAAGUGGGAGUUCCGUGGACUCUACAAGGUCCACAAAUGCAGGCACACCCUGAGGGGUGAUGGCCCAGCUACAAGGCCUGAUGCCCUUAGCCACUGGACCAAGGCGGAAGGCACUACCUUUCUGCGAGGAUUGCCAGCGGGGCAGCGGGGUCAGAAUCCCUCUGACCCUCCCAACCCCCAACACCCACUUACUGGGAAGAGGAGGAGAGUUUGAGGAACCAGGCAUCAGGGCUGGUGCACUGGAGCACAGACAGCUCCCACAGCCACCAGCAGAGGGCCAAGUUGUCCCAAAUCAGGGCUUCUGACGGAGCCAGCCGUGCCCCAGUGGAAAACAACAACAGGCGACCUGGCAGCUCUCAGCGUAGACAGCAAAGCUGCCAAGUCCCUUCCAGGCUUGCCGUGGCCAGGGCCGGAUUCCAGCUCAGCUAAGAAACGACUCCCAGGGUAGAGCAGAGGAUCCGAGACAGAGGAAAACACUCUGCAAGGCUCACGGUGCUUCAGCCUUGCUGACCCCCAGAUAAUGAAUUUUCCGAUGAAUGGUAGGAAGCCAUAGAGAUCCUUUCCCGAAAGACAGGACUUGAGCCGAAGUGGACUCUGCUGUGUGUGUUGGGCUGAGGGGGGUGGGGAGGGCAAGAGAGCAAGGGCCUCCGUCAACUCGCCGUAGAAUAUGGCAGAAGUGAUGCUGUGUGACAGCUUCUAAGGCUGGGUUACAGAAAGGGCAGGGCUGUUCCCCAUGGUCUCGGUCUCCUCUGCCCCUGCAGCCUCUUUUCCUCUUGGGGUGAUCACCCUUCAACGCAGCCACCAUGCUGUGAGGAAGCCCAAACUUGCCCACAGGGAGAGUCCCCCUGCCACUUCCUUAGAGGAACCAAGGCCCCCAGCCGCUGGGCAGCAUCGGGUGCCAGACAUAUGCGUGACUAAGCCUCCAGACAACCUCAGCCGACACUGAGUGGGGCAGAGACGAGCUGUCCCCGCCAAGCCCUGCCCAGAGACAGGUGUGUGAGCAGAAUAAAUGUGUGCUGUUGUAAGCCACUGCGUUUAGGGGUGGUUUGUGACGCAUUAGCUAGCCGGAAGAGUGGGCAUCCAAAAUGGUAAGCACGGUAUAAACUCAAACACAGGACCUGCCCGUGGGAUUAAAUGAGCCAUUUAUCAUGUAGUGAAAAAAGACACAGGAAAUGAAGGCAAAAAGGUAGACGUGGUUCCAGUCCAUCGCCCCUCCCCUCCUCCGUUAGUGUACCAUCAGCUCUUUUCCUGCUAAGGUCCAGUGUGUCUGGCCAGGCCUAGAUUUGGCCUCAGCAAACAAAGUUAGUGCAAACCAGUGAGUCCCAGAGACAGAAGGCAGUUGCUGUAGAAUCCCAGCCGGUCAUGGUUUGGGAGGUCAGCAGGCAGGGGAUGGUCGCUGGUAUCCUCAGAGCUUGCCCUUUAGGAGAGCAGCGUGGAGCAGUGCUUUCUCCCCAGGCCGGCAGGGACCUGGGCAGGUGGGGAUGUGGCCGCUUCAUCCCUCUCUCUGGCCUGGCCACAGCUGUCUGCAGUGUCCUGCAGGGAAUGCCUCAGGGCUCUUGGGUGCACAGCACCUGCCACCAGGCACUGGCCCAUCUGCCAGGGCUGCGGUGGCUGAGCAGGGCUGACAUCAACCUGCUCUCCGAAGGAGCCUAGGGCCGAGCCUGGGUCUGUUCGCAGAACAGGCCAUGGGUCCUUUCCGCAGCUGGGCGGGGGCCGACUCUGAGCCACCAGGGCUGGGCACCAGGAUGCCGAGGCUCACGGGAAACAGCCCAAGAAGAGUUGUGUCCACAAAUAACCAGGUCAGGGUCCAGCAUGUCAGUGUCCUCAGAGAACAUGCCGUGAGAGGUCAGGAUGGGUGGAGAUCAGGAAGCUUUAGGACAGGGUAGUUUAACACAUGGAUAAAGUGCGGUCGAGAUUCGGGAUGAGAGGGAUGGGAGGAAUGGAGGAGGGGGAUGUCCCAGGUCGGGGGAGCAUGGAAGUGAGGGGACAGUCAUCCGCACAGAGAGAGGCAGGAAACUGGUAGAGCAAAUUCCUAUGAAAACAAUGCCGGGCAUCGGGGCAGCCGACAGGUUGAAACAGCAGCCCGGAGGGCUGGGGAGUCCUCGAAGGCAGACCUUCCCAAUGCUGAGGGCCGUGGGACGUGCACGGCUGACCCACCUGUCCUUACCCGGGUCCCACGCCUGCCCAUAGGGAGGAUCCUCAGAGCCCAAGUCCUCAAAGCCUUUAGAAGACACCGCACCGAGCCCAGCUCAGGGGGAUACGGGGUGGGCCCAGAUGGCACAUGGUCCAGGAGUUGUCACCCAGCUCCCACCUGCUGCCCUGCCCACCUUUUAUGGAUUCUGACUUCACAGGACACUGUCCCCAGGGACCCCCGUGGUUCUCCCCUUCCAAGCUCACCUCAGUUACCUUGUCCCAGGCACAGCCUGGAUCAUCUCAGGAUGAUCCUUGAGUCCAGCUGCUGCAGGUGUUCCUGGACGCCAAAAGGGAUGGUGGGCGUCCACAUCCUGUGAUGGGGGCAUGGCACACAGAGGUUAGAGAGGGGGUGGUCCCCACACAAGCUGCCCCCAAAUCCCUCCUCCCACCUAGCCUAGUGUGGGGUCAUGGGGACACCAGAGGCCUAGGAGCCCCAAGACCCCUUUUUAAAAACUGAUUCUGCCACUGACUUGCUGUGUGAUCUCAAAAAGUUUAGUUAACCUAUCUGUGCCUUAUUCUCCUCAUCUGCAAAAUGGGUCUUACAAGAGCCACCCUAUCCCUCCUAGAAGAUAUGAGUGAUUAUGUAGACAAAAGUGCUUUGAAAGACAAUCAAGUACAGUACUGGACAGUAGACAUCAUAGUGAUGUAAUAAUAAAUAAGUUUCAACCAUAUGAAAUGGCCAGGUGUGUAGGUCAAAAAUGGUUGAAUAUAAGCGAUUUCAUAUCGUUCAGCCUAGUAUAUAGAACAUUUUUGUGUACCAGACACUCUUCUGAGUAUAUUGACACAUUUAAACCCCACAAUUUAAAUAUAAAUAUUUAAAUAGGGGGUAAAUAUUAUUGUCACUCCCAUUUUACAGACGAAGAAACUGAGGCCAGGGACUUCCCUGCGGUCCAGUGGUUAGGACUUGGUGCUCUCACUGCUGAGGGCCCAGGUUCAAUCCCUGGUCCGGGAACUAAGAUACCGCAAGCCAUGCAGCGUUGCCAAAAGAAAAAAAAAAAAAAAGGAAGAAAAGAAA